UAUAAUGAAAAUGAAAUCAAACUCGAGUUUGAACAAGCCGAAUGGGUCGAUCUAUCCGAAUAUUCGGCUUCUUCUAUCUGGGAUGUAAUGGAUGCGCCAGCAUCAUUAGUUAAUAAAAGGAGCAGAAUCGAAUUCCAAGUUAGGAUACGAAGAAAAACCUUGUUCUACACCGUUGUGCUUAUUAUACCCACUGUGCUCAUGGCUUUCUUAAGUAUGGCCGUGUUUUUCUUACCUACUGAUUCAGGAGAGAAAAUGACAUUGACAAUUUCCGUAUUAUUGUCUAUUGUUGUGUUCUUGCUACUUGUUUCAAAGAUUCUACCACCAACUUCCAGCACUAUUCCGCUCAUGGCAAAAUAUCUUUUACUAACAUUCGUGCUCAACGUGAUUACGAUCUUGGUUACCGUAAUCAUUAUCAACGUGUAUUUCCGUGGACCCACAACACAUAAUAUGCCAAAGUGGGUUCGACAAGUUUUCCUCGAGUGGAUGCCACGUGCAAUGUGCAUGCAAAGACCGAAGUCAUACACAAGAAAAGUUGUUCAGAAACAGAAUCACUCUAGUACCACGCAGUUACCUGGAUUGGGACAGUUCACUUUAAAUCCGUCAGCGCACCAUCCGUUUUGUCCAAGCGCUGAUGAGAGGUACGUGGAAGUCGACUUAUAG